CGAUGAGCUUCGGGAGUGGGAAAAGCAAAAAAAACACGACAAUAGGAAGCAGAAUAAGUCGAACAAGCGGUCACAAGCAUGUCAACAGCAGAACAGUAAGGGACAAAACAAAUGUGGUUCUACCUAUGGCAAAAAAGGCGGUGGCAAAAACCAUAGCCAAGCCAACAAGCAGGGGCGGUCGAACGCUGAUGCUACUCCAGGAAAAUAUCACAAUUCCACGAACAACUACGAGGACAGCACCGCUCAAGAAGAGCAUCACGACUUUCAGACGAAAGAGCACUCGAAGGCCCCAGCUUCAGUGUCAUCCUCACACGAUGAGCACAAGAAACGCAACGAGGGCGGUUCGAAGAAGCCUGACUUCAGUAAUACUGCCAAACAAAAGCCAAAUGGGGAUAACAGAUACAUGUACAUGACGAUUCACGACAUGGCUGCCUACGCCAAGCGUCAACUUGGACAGAACAAGAGCCAAAUCAAGGCGGCGAAAAAGAAACUGAGGAAAGAGCAACAGGAUCCGGUUCACCCCAUGACGGUCCGCGAGG